UGAUUUCAAAUGCUUAAAAAGCCUUCGAUGCAGCAAAUUACUAAGCAUCUACAAAUUUAAUGGAGUCUAACUACGGGAACUUGCAGAAUAUGCUGCCCCUACUUGGUUCCAUUGCCGGCAAUGGCAAUAGCGGUAAUAACAAUCAAAAUUUCAUCAAUCAACUUGCUGCAGCAAUAUCUACAGCAGUUGGCGCCGUAAAUGCCGCGACAACCACACCCGCUACAACGGCUGGCGGUGCUAACACAUCCAGCAAUUCAAAUGAGCGUCAGCGCACUCCCGAGCCACCACCAGCUCCACGAUUCCGUUUGAAAUCACCGACAAGAAUAAAACCGAAUCGGGGUACAGCGCCAAUGGAUAUUGAAAAUGAAUCGGAGACUGAGCACGUCAACACUGUUACUAAACAAACUGCUAAUACUUCUAUGCCCCCGGUGACUGAUGUAAAUAUGACUGCAGAUAAAUUGGCAAUGGGAAUGCCUAAUAUGUUUAUGAAUGGAUUUAUGCCCCCAAAUAUGGCACACGGCAGCGGCAUCAAUGCCACACCCUACAUGUUUUAUCAAACUUCCGCGCCAACAAAUGCGGCUUCCACUUCAGCAGCAGCUGCGCUAGCCGCCAAUCAAAUGUUUAUGGAUCCGACGACGAUGCUAGCAGCAAUGCAGCAAAUGCAACAAACUUAUAAUGCUAACUUUGGCGCAGCGUUACCAAAUGCCGAAGGUGGUGUAAAUGGGCAGUUACCAGCAGUUGGCGCCACAGGUGCUGUUUCUGGCAUGAAAGAAGUGAUUAAAACUAAAAACUGCAUACUCUUUCCACCCAACCCGAGUGCACCGCCUCCAACCACACGAGAGCGGCCGCCAGGUUGCCGUACAGUCUUUGUAGGCGGCCUACCGGAAAACUCCACUGAGGAGCUCAUACGCGAAAUAUUCGAAUCUUGUGGUGAAAUAACCACACUGCGUGCAUCCAAGAAAAACUUCUGUCACAUACGUUAUCGCCACGAGGCAUCUGUUGAUCGUGCCAUCUAUCUUUCUGGCUACCGCGUACGUAUUUCUAACACAAGUGAACCCGCAAACUUUGGCCGCCUCCAUGUUGAUUAUGCACAAGCGCGCGAUGAUCUUUAUGAUUUCGAAUGUAAACAACGGCAAUUGCAGCGUGAGCAACGCCAUCGUGAACGUCUAUCCACUGACCGCCUACGUUCUCAAUCACCACCACCCAUACCACAUUAUAAUGACCACGAAGCAUCGCUAGUCGCCGAGCAUCUGCGUAGUGGUGACACUUUUGUAAAGGCCGUACAGACGAUUGCCGUUUGGUUGGAGCGUGGUGAUUGCAAAAAGCACAAUGCAAAUAUGUUUUAUUCAAUGAUACAAAGCACACACGCACAUGUACGCCGUUUGCAUACAGAUAAACAGCAGUUAGAGGAUGAUUUACGCAAAGCUCGUGAGAGUUAUCGCAAACAAAUGCUGAUCAUGUCGGCACAAUUCACUCAGAUUGAAAAAGUGUUCAGUGCUGCUAGUCACAAGAAGGUUUGGGACCAUUUCACCAAAGCCCAAAGAAAAAACAUCGAUCAAUGGAAGAAGCUGGCAUUGGAACUACGCUCCGUACAAAUUGAGGAUGAUGAAAUGGAAAUGUCCGAUGAUGAUCGCAACUACCAGGGUAGCAGCGCCAAGCGUACGCGUUACGAUGCUGAGAGUUUGAAGGAGGAGAACGACUCAUUACGCUGUCAGUUGGAAGCUUUACGCAGUGAAAUGUCACACGUACGCACUGAUAUCAAAUACGAUAAUGAUUAUCGUGAUAAGCAGAUCAAAGUGCUGCAGGAAACCAUACGCAAUAUGCAGACACAACUGUUGCAAACGAAAAUGCGCGAGCAAAAAGAUACCAAAACAAUCGUUCAGUUGGAGCGUAAACUCAAGGAGGCUGGCGUAAAGCAGCUGCUGUUAAAAACUCGGAUCAAAGAAACUGCCAACAAGCGCAGAGAUCGAGAAACAGCGUCAGUUAACUCUGAAACAAGCGAAAUAAUAACUAACGAAGCAGCGGAUGCUGAUGACGAAGACGAUGAUAAUGAUGAUGAUGAUGUGGAAGAGGUGGAAAUAAGUGAAGAAAUGUCAAACAAAUCAAAGCACACCGGCAAGGAGCGCCCCGAAAAUGCAAAUGGUGUGCACAAAAGUUCAAGAAAUUUGACGCAACAGCAGUCAAAACACAUACAAGUGAUCGAUAUUGAUGAUGAAGUGAAUAUUAUUGAAGAUCAGAAUGAUGUUGUGGAGAUACAUGAAACUGAUGAGGAUGAGAAAACUGCCGAAGGUAGCAAGUGGAAUGACAUAGAUGAGAGGCAAGCGCAGAAAAGUAAUAGCACGCAGAACGUUCAAGCGGAUAAAAUUGAGGAGAAUGAAGAGCUGCAGCAAUGUGCUAAAAGUGAUGGUGAUAACAACAAUUUGGAAAAUGGUGAAGAGAAAGAGAGCACAGUGCCAGUAGAAACAAAAUUAAUGGAGGAUUCUAAAGAAAUUGAGCCCAAAUACUUGCCAUUUGUGGAAGCCCAAAUUAUUGCGCUAAUCGCUGCCUACUUGAUAGUGCAUCCCUUUGGUGUCAGCACCGAGUCAAUUUGUGUCUACCUACGACAAUCUAUGAAAACGCUAGACCUACAGGUCCUAACUUUAGAACAAAUACUCACAACCUAUACGAAUCUCUUCAAAAUGGAAUGUCAGACAGCAGAUGGAGGGGAUGACGAAACUAAAGUGCAAUGGAAGUUUUGUGGAUUUACAGAAGCUAACGAUGUAUUUAAGGAGGAAAACGAAACAGCCAACGCAAAAAAUGGAGAUUAGAGAAAAUAGAAAUGGCAAAUUCUAACGUAAGAAUCUUGGACUCCCUACUGGCUAAUUAAAUAACUUGAUAAGCAUUUUUUUAUUGCAAAUGUAUGUACAUAUACAUAUUACAUAAAUAACAAUUAUUCACAAAUGCAACAUCGAUUUUAAUUCAUAGAUUUUAAUACAUAAUUCAAUGUUAAUUGGAGCUGAUUAAAUGAGUUUUAAUUACAUUAAAAAAAUGAAUCUUAAAAAUGUA